UGCAUGAUGCUACAAUCCCUUCUGAAGAUGAGUGUGUCACAAAGAAGUCCCUAACGCAGACGUUUCCUAACUGAUAUUUUCACUCUUCCCCUUUUUAGAAACGUUUCCCGGGACCCCUCUGCUGAGCCGGUGCACUUCUGACAGUUCGGGCCCCUAAACAGUCUGGAGAUUCCUGAGUCCAAGAAAAAUAAGAACCAAGCACUAGGGGAUCCCUGGCAUGGAGGCUUGGAGCUAGGGCCAGUGGAAGGUGCCCAUUCUGGAUUGCAGAAGGAGGCAGAGCGGGCAGCUCAGCUGCCCUACCCAUGGGUGCAGGGGAGAAGGGCCAGGGCCCUCGGAGAUCCACAGCACCAUAAGCUGGAUGGGAAAGGAUAUCCUCUGAGCCUCUGGGAGUGGCCACACUUGUCCCAAGCAAUGGAUGGCGUUAGGGAGUGCCCGGAAGCCACCUUGAGGCAAAAAGAGGACCUAAUAAAUCCUGGUGCUCCAGAGCUCCUGCUGCUGAUGUGACUUGUCUACCGUGUCAGGACCUUGCAGACCCCACAUAGGGGCCAUUCAGUGAGGGUAUCACUCUGGGUCCAGCUCCACGCAGCACCAUGAACGAUAACUUCUGCAGGGCCCUGGUGGACCGGAGGCCCAUGGGACCCCCCAGCUGCAUGCAACUGGGUGUUGUGCCCCCUCCCAGGCAGGCGCCACUGCCCCCGGCCGAGUCCUUGGGUAACGUACCCUUCCUGCUGUACCCAGGCCAUGCGGAGCCACCUUACUACGACGCCUACGCGGGAGUGUUCCCCUACAUGUCCUUCCCCGGAGCCUUUGGGGUCUAUGACUACCCCUUCGAACCCGCCUUCAUCCAGAAGCGCAACGAGCGCGAGCGGCAGCGCGUCAAGUGCGUCAACGAGGGCUACGCGCGCCUCCGCGGCCACCUCCCGGGCGCGCUGGCCGAGAAACGGCUCAGCAAGGUGGAGACGCUGCGCGCCGCCAUCCGCUACAUCAAGUACUUGCAGGAGCUGCUGAGCGCGGCCCCCGACGGGGCGGCCCCAGCCUCCACCCGCAGCCUCCCGGGCAUCGGGCCAGCUGCUCUCCAGCCGGACUGCCCCGGCGACUGCGGGGCCCGGGCGCCCCACUCUCUGGUGCCCGAGUCGAACGAGUCCUCCUGCUUCUCCUCCUCGCCCUUUCUCGAGUCGGAGGAAUCCAGCCAUUGAUCGGACAGUGGCUGCUCCUCCGCAGGCACCAUCCCAUUCUGGGAAGGUCACCCGCUGUGCCGUCAUCCUCGUACCUGCCUCCCCCCUCUCUGCCUCGGCCCGCAUUUGGGAAAGUUAGUUGGGGCCAGCUUGUAGCUCUGUGGUCCAUACCGCAGCGUAGCCUUGUCUCUGAGAGUGCGCGGGAAGCGAGCCGAUUUGAAUGCGCCAUGCCCCGACCCUCCGCAAGAUGGCCUCAGAUACUAACGACCGGUUACCACUUGGGAGAGGAACCCAGAGGGAGGGGAGGGAGGCCAGACUGCUUUUGCACUCAGCCUGGAUGGAACAGCCAGACUUGGAAGGAUGGGAUGUGUGUGCACCACGGGUGGCACUCUCUGGCUUCCUUGAUGGAGGGCCAUCACCCCGCCUCCCCAAAUCCUCAGUGUAGCCUUCUCAGGUUUUCCCCAGGUUGAAUGAGAACUGCAUUUCCCCCCUAAGACUUAUAAAACUCUGGGGUCCAUUAGCACUGUGUUUGCACCAAAAGGCUAAAUAAAUGCAUUGUUGACUUUUGUGAUUC